AAAGAGAAGCGAAUAUGUCAGAGGUAGAGGAGGAGAAGUAGAAGAAUCGAUACAAGACGAGGAAAGGGCUAAACAAAGGAAAUCGAAGGAAGAAGAUUUGAGAGGAAGAUCAUGAUCCUAGCAGUGUUGUUCGCCAACUCCGUUGGGAACGUUUUGAUCGAAAGGUUCAAUGGAGUACCAGCUGAGGAACGGCUGCACUGGCGAACUUUCUUGGUUAAGUUGGGAGCAGAUAAUCUCAAAGGCGUUAAAAACGAAGAGCUUCUUGUCGCUUGCCACAAGUCUGUUUAUAUCGUCUACACUAUGCUAGGAGAUGUUAGCAUCUUCCUUGUUGGCAAAGACGAGUACGAUGAACUUGCUUUGGCAGAAACCAUCUAUAUCAUAACAGCCGCUGUGAAAGACGUAUGCGGAAAACCCCCAACAGAGCGAGUGUUUCUGGAUAAAUAUGGAAGGAUUUGUUUGUGUCUUGAUGAAAUCGUUUGGAACGGACUUCUGGAGAACACUGACAAAGACAGGAUCAAGCGACUCAUUAGAUUGAAACCUCCUUCUGAAUAUUGAUUUCGUCCAACCCAAACCACACAUUCUUCGUUUACAAUUUCUCGUCAUCCGCAGUAUGUUUGUUUGUUGUUGAAUCACUUCUCUAUAUCAAAAAAAUUAAACUAUUGGUCUUGUCCUAUCAGUCCAUUAUCUAGUGUUACAUUGUUUGUAGUGUUGUUGAAGACCUAAAGAAAUGGUUUGUGUAAUUUGGGGCAUGUGAACAUAACAACUUAAUACUCAGAGGUGUUCAGUGAA